UUUACGCUUGUUGCGGAACAGGUCAGCUGGUUGGUUAGUUUACAGCUUCAGUUAGCUAACUGUCAUAGCCUUGCUAGCUCCUGAGGGAGUGUUUUUCUCCAAACCUUUGGCUCAUAUUGACUUCCCCCAUCAAUUUAACAACGACGCAGCUCAUGUUAGCGAGGCGACGAGGCUCUGCGUUUCUCCAGCUAGCCAGUGAUACACAUGACAGCUUGGAGCAACCUGCUAGCAUAGCAGCUAAGUUAGCAAGAUACACUGGGAAGAAGUAAGGUGAGGACCAGUGUCAUCAACCAUGGCAGGUGGAAUUACAGAGAGCGGGGAGCCCUACUCCCCAUUUGUGGGGCUGGUGUAUAUGUUCAAUCUGAUUGUGGGAACAGGAGCUCUGACAAUGCCCAAAGCCUUUGCAACAGCCGGCUGGGUGGUUAGCAUAGCACUCAUCUCCUUUUUAGGAUUUAUGAGCUACAUGACCACUACCUUUGUGAUUGAGGCGAUGGCGGCAGCCAAUGCUCAGCUGCGCUGGAAGAGAAGAGAGCAGGAAGAGGUCGAUGACAGCGACUCCACCUCUGAGUAUUCAGAUGAUGAUAUCAUGGUCCGAGGUCGAUCUGAGCCCGAGACGAAGCCCAUUUUGUCUGUUCAGAGGUCAGGAGGUCACGUCGAUCAUUUCGACAUCGUGGAGCGGGUCGAGAUGGGUCAAAUGGCCUCCAUGUUCUUCAACAAAGUUGGCGUCAAUAUGUUCUACAUCUGCAUCAUAGUCUAUCUGUAUGGAGACCUGGCCAUCUACGCAGCAGCUGUGCCUAUAUCACUCAUGGAAGUUGCCUGUGGAAAUCACUCCUGCAGUGCUGGAAGUGUGAAGUACAACGACACAGAUGCGUGCUGGGGUUCUGUCACAAGAAAAGAUGCGUACCGGGUGUUUCUGAGCGUCUUCACUGUUCUGUUGGGGCCUUUUACCUUCUUCAACGCCCAGAAGACCAAAUAUCUUCAGAUUCUCACCUCACUUAUGCGAUGGAUUGCGUUCACCAUGAUGAUCAUCUUGGCUCUUAUCCGCAUCGGCAAAGGCACCGGCGAGGGCCACCCACCAGCCGCUUCCUUGUCUGGAGUCCCCAACCUGUUUGGGGUGUGCGUCUACUCCUUUAUGUGUCAGCACUCCCUGCCCUCCCUGGUGACGCCCAUCUCUGACAAGAAACGCGUUGGCACCCUGGUAUUGCUGGACUACGUCCUGAUCCUGGGCUUCUACAUUCUCCUCUCAUUCACUGCCAUUUUCUGCUUUGACAGCUCACUGCUACAUGACAUGUACACCCUGAACUUCACUGAUAACUGCAAUGUGUUAGAUAUUCCAGUCCUGCGCUACUUCCUGGGCCUCUUUCCAGUUUUCACCAUCAGCACCAACUUCCCCAUCAUUGCCGUCACACUCCGCAACAACUGGAAGACCCUGUUUCACCGAGACGGAGGCACCUACCCAUGGGUGGUGGACCGUAUUGUGUUUCCCCUCAUCACUCUGGUGCCCCCAAUCGUUGUGGCCUUCUGCACCCACAACUUGGAGUCCCUGGUGGGUAUUACAGGAGCCUAUGCAGGCACAGGGAUCCAGUAUAUUGUCCCAGCCUUCCUCGUGUACUACGGUCGACGCCAUCUGGAGCCCGUGGUGGGGAGGGAUGCCAUCAACAAGCACCGGUCUCCCUUCCGACACGCCUUUUGGGUGUGGUUUGUUUUGUUGUGGGCUGCUUCCUGCCUUAUGUUUGUCACAGCCAACAUCAUCCUAACUGACACCAAGAAAUGAAGAACUCACUGUUCCAAGAACUUUCUAGAAAAAUGUAAACAUGUUUGGCCAGUCUCUUUGUUCUUGUACACGAGGCCUUACUUGCUGCUGGUUGGACAGUGUGCCUUUUUAUGGGACUUUGGUUGCAUAUAUUAAAUGUAAUUAAGAGUAAUUUAUCAAAUUUGUUUAAAAAGGGACCAAAUGUCAAGUGUUUUUGUUCCAUCAACAAAGCUGGAACAGUGCAUGGUAACAAUGAAGGGAAAUUUAAAAGGGUCAUUUAUUAAAAGGAUGUUUUGUCAUCAAACACCAGAUAGUCUGAGGUUUUCACAAGGAUUUGCACAAAUACAGCUUUUUAAAAUAUAUCUUAAGAGUUCAGUGGGCCUCAAACAACUUCAUACAAAGAGUCAUAUGGACAUGUACAAUGUGCGUAACGUUGGCUUGCUUGUCAGAUUUAUAGUUUUGAAAACACUGUCAGGCAUAACCCUCAUUUCCAACGCUGGAAAGGUUGGGGGUCUGGGUGUCGGACGCUGUUCAAACACUUUGUUUGAAGCAGACUGAUGCCUUUGAUGUUCUGUUGUUCAUCUGCUACUUAAUUAAUUUAGUAUACACCAUUCAAAUUCCAAACUAAAAAAAGGUACGGUGUUAAGAUGUGGAAGGAUCCUCUGGACCUUCAGGGCAGAAAGUUCCAAUAAAGAUAUAUUAAAGCAAUUGAAAGAGCAGAGCAGCGACAAGAAGAAGAGCCUGUCACACUCAGGCUAGUGUUCUGUUGCUAAACUGCUUGGCGUCUACACAGCUUGAUAAUGAGAUUGGAACAGAAACCAACAGAAGAAGACAAACGAAGGAAUCAGGGACGAUCAUUCUUUCAUGGCUGACGUGUAUCCAUUCCUCAGCGGUGGCUGCCUCCGAUCACCUCGUCCCCUUGUGAACAAUGAAGCUCCGUCAGUGACAGAUCCACUGACAGAUAGGCUUCCAGGAAGAACUCCAUCUCUGUUUAUCACGGUGCACUCGCGCCUGUAGUUCACACGCAGGGCAUGUCUCCCGUCUUUUACUGCUCAGCACCCAUUCAUGACUCUGUCAGCCUUGUGCUGUAUCUAUCACACAGCCCAACACCUGACAGGAUAAUAGUGAUCUACAGUGCUUCAGCUGCGGCUAUGGGCAAGACAUCAUUGACCAAAAGUGAAGGGUGGUCAGCCAAAUGUGACUACAGAGCUUCAUACACUAACCACUGUACUGUAGUGUAGUAAUGCUGAUUUCACUGACACCUGGCAGCUCCCUUUCUGAGUUGUGCCUUUGUUAAUUGACUUCAUUAUUGCCCUUUAUCGUCUACCUUAUCAGUGAAAUACUUCUGAAAUGUCAAUUUAUGCUACGGUCACAGAAAAUACAAAUUUCUCAUCGGCAGGUAACUUAAACACAGUUCAAGUCAACAGUUGAAUCAAAUGCUGUGUCCAGUAUUCCUCCUCAUUUUCUAACCUGUUUUUUCAAAAUAUAUUUUUAUUUGAGUCUUCAACUAUAAUUGUAAAAUGUAUGCUUUGUUUUGUGCCACCAGAAAUACCCACCAGGGAUAGAAAACAAAUGUAGAUCCCAAAUCAUUUUUGCAAAAGAAAAAAAAAACUCCAGUCAACUCAUGCUAGUUAAACAGACUUAAUAACGUACUGAAACCAAACUUGUUUGUAUGAAUAUGGAUUUAAAUUGAUGAAUGUGCAUAGUAUGAGUGCAAUAACACGGUCAGGUGGUUGGAAAAAGAAAAUAAUUGACACAGUGGAAGAAACACCACUUUGUAAAGCAUUUUUAUUUCCACUUUGUCCAUAAUAUCCUUUUAUCUAUAUAGUUUCUCCUCAAAGUCUUUUCGUUGUCUUAAAGGGACAGUUACGGCCUCCCCUUUUUCAUCUUAACUGUAGUGCUAUCUAUCAAUCUAGAUUGUUUUGGCGUGAGUAGAGAUGUAUGUCUUCUCUGUAAUAUAAUAGAACAAGAUGUCUCCUUGUAGUGUUAAAGUGCCCCAAAAAAUUCCAAAAACUCAACAGCAAUGUCUCUUUCUAGAAAUCAUAACCCGGUUAUUUAAGAUAAUCCAUAGACCGUAUUGUGAGCAGUUUCACGUAGGAACUAUUUUCUUUCUACUAAACUACACCCGCCAACCAAAUCACCUUCUGCAUGGUGAUUUGGUUGGUUUGGUCUGUGGAUUAUCUUAAGUAACCGGGUCAUGAUUUCUAGAAAGAGACAUUGCUGUUGUUUUUCAAAUAUUUGUUUGUUUGUUUUUGGCACUUGGAGCACCACAAGCUGAGUGCCAUUUAGGUCCAUUAUAUUGGAGAGAAGACAGACAUCUCGACAGCUGAUACCUGCAACACACACCAACACACUCUAAAAUGAUCUAAAUUGAUAAAACAGCACUACGGGUAAGAGUGAAAGUGUUUUUUAAUUAUUAGGUGAACUGUCCCUUUAAAGGUUGUGACACAGCAUUUCUGAGCCUAUUUGAUUGUUAGUACUCUACAUAUUUUAAAAGUUCUCAAAAGCAAGUGAACUCACAAGAGACACAUUUAGAAAGAAUGGUCACAAUUGAAGCAGCUGAGGCUGAGUUAUCUACCCUCAAGCUCCAAAACACUGGAUACUACGUAUCCCAUGAUGCAGUCAUCUUUUCCUCAGGUCAAAUAUAGUCAAUAAUUAUUACGACCGUCACCAGGCUCCGCUUUGAAAACACAUCCCAUGUCCCUUAUAUAGCUAAAUUGAUGCUGUUACCACAAAGAAAAUUAUCAGUAAAGGAGACAUGCAGUCAUCAACACUGCAACACCACUGGUUUCACACAUUUGUAUUUCAGUGACACUACAGUUGUGCUCCAUUAAAAUGCAAACCCAGUAUUGGGGUGUACAGUAGUUCAGUGAGUUGUGGAGCAGUUAGAGAGGUUGUGCGGCUUUUUCAUCAACUGCUGUAAUGCAGUUUAAAUUGAAAGCUAAUGUGCUGUGACGUGUGUGUUGUUAAGGCACCACAACUGUAAAAUUCCUACACAGGCAUCGUAGCAUUGUUGUAGCACUGUUGAAGGUUACAGAGGUGCUGCUGUGGGUUUAUUGUCACCAGGCCACCUCUGUCUUCACCAAACUGCAGCCAGAAUUUGCAUCUGAGUGUUCAGCUGGACCAAAUAUGGACACGACAGGUUCUCACAGCUUUGAGAUCAUCCUAAAACUUAAGUUAUUGCAAAACACUGCAGAGCUUCUGUCUGUCUGUACCUGUCAGCUUUUAUCUAAUCGGCAUGGAAUCUAUAAAAGUCCCUGCACGCAGAGAUCCUGAAAACGUCAUUAUAUGUUAUAUAUGUUUGCCUUCCCACUUUUGUGCCCUUCAUUACUUUGAUGUUGAGCUCCUCUUUUGAGCGUCAAGCGCCAUCGAAGAAGAUGAAGAGUUUGAUGCUUUAUGGGAGCAUUAACUAGCGUCCUGACUUUAUCUUUCUGUCUUGUACAUGUUCCUCUGUCCAGCACCUGAUAUUUAUCGUCUGGAUGUGCGUGCUUUUGUAAACCUUUUCCCUCUCCUUACCUAAGUGGAACAUUUGAAUGAAGAGUACAAAAACACUUUAACCUUGGUUAGAUAUUUAUAAAUCAGUCUGGAGACAAAGAUGUGACUGUAUGAGUGUGUUUGUGUGUCUGUGUGAGAGAAUGACAAGGUGUAAAAUGUGGUUCUCAUGACUUGAUGGGAGUUGUGAAAUGUGCCUUUUUAUAUGGGCUUUAUUUUCUUGCCCUAAACUUUCUGACUCUGCUGUUUUUUUCCUCAGCUUGCCAGACAAACAUCUGCAUGUAAGCCAUUUCGUCUGACUGACAAUCAGUGUUUCAGUGUCUAAUCCUUGGUUUCUUUUCUUGUCUCAUCUUUAAUUUCUGUUCUUGUGUUGUUGUUGUUGUUGGUCGCCCCUAGGUUUACUGCAUUUCUGAGAAUUUGAUUUUCCCAUUUUUCCUUCAUGUUCCUGGUAUUUGUUUACAAUAAUUUGGCAAGCCUGUGAUUCUAUCAUUUGUAUGGAUGUUUACCGCUUUAAUGGAUGCUCUGUUUGAUUUUUUACGAUUCACAAAGAAAAUAAAGGCUUUAUGUUCAUCUGAA